CAGCAUCAUCACACAGAAAACCCAUCGAGAAACACCAGAAAAAGCUCCGAGGAAUACGUCUGUCGUCUUUUAUCAUUCGCAUUACCGCAUACUUCGAAGAUCGCCGGUCGUUGAUCGCAGCAGCGGUGUGUGUUGAGAGUAAUGGAUCACGAGAGCAAGACCACCCACGAGUGCGAGACCCCCGUCGUCCAGGAAGGGACGGUGGAGACCCAGGACCGCGGGCUGUUCGACUUCAUGGGGAAGAAGAAGGAGGAGGAGGGCGAGACGAAGCAGGAGGAGGUGAUGGUGGCAGAGUUCCAGGAGAAGGUGAAGGUGGAAGAGUGCGUGGUGGAGGAGGAUAAAGAGAAGGAGAAGAAGCAUAGCCUCUUGGAGAAACUCCACCGAUCUGAUAGCAACAGCUCCAGCUCUUCCGACGAAGAGGAAGGAGAGGGGGAGGAAAAGAAGAAGAAGAGGAAGGAGAAGAAAGAGAAGAAGAAGAAGGAGGAAGAAGAGAAGAAGUACGAGGAGCAUACGAUCGUCCCUGAGAAGAAGUACGAGGAGGAUACGACCGUCCCUGUGGAGAAGUGCGACGAGCCCGGUGAGCCAGCGGAUGAAAAGAAGGGCUUCCUCGAUAAGCUAAAGGAUAAACUGCCUGGAGGUCACAAGAAGGCCGACGAAGUCUAUUCUCCUCCGCCGCCGCCGCCUCCGGCGGAGUGUGCGCCGGUGGAGCCGCCAUACCAGGACGGAUCUCCCAAGGAGAAGAAGGGGUUGCUGGAGAAGAUCAAGGAAAAGCUGCCCGGGUACCACCCCAAGGGCGACGAGGAAAAGGAAAAGGAAAAAGAGUGUCACUGAGGGGGAGAGAGAAGGAGAGAGAGAGAACCGCCUUUGCUUUUAAAGUUUAGGGGCUUAUUCUCGUACCACACGUAAUCCUUUAGAGGGUGUUCUGAGUGAGUUAUUUAAGCUUCAUGCUUUUUUUCUUUUAAAUUAAAAUUUACUUAUUAAGUUAAGUGGAGCCUUAAGUCAAAUUAUUUAUAUUUUAUUUAGUUACAUUUUUGUA